CCACCCAACCCACUCGAGGCCGUGGCAGCUCGCUCAGCUCCCGCGCGCUCCGGACUCGGGCGGGCGGCUUGAGGAGCGAGCGAGCGAGAGUCCUGCCUCCUCCUCCUCCGGCAUCCCAAGGCAGCGGGGGAGGCAUGGCGGGCUCUCCGCGCGCGCUGCCGUGGUGGUUUUGCCUCUGGUUCAGCUGCUGCUGGUUCAGCCUGGUGGCCGAAGGCUCCGGGCUCGCCCAAGGGCGCGUCAGAGGAGGUGGACGAGGCGGCGGCGACGGGCGCAGGAGCCGGGCGGCCGAAGCUGAGGCGUUCGGGCAGCCUCCCCCGCCGGGCGUCCCCGCCGGAGACAAAGUGUCGGAACACAUGCUCCGCCUUUACGUCCGCUACAGCGGCCGGAGUCGGGAUUCGGAGGCGGUCGGGACGUCCCGGCUGCUUCACCCGCGAGAAGGCAACACGGUGAGGAGCUUCCGAGCGCUGCCGGCAGGUGAGAACAAAUCCUGUGUGUACCUCUUUAAUCUCACCUCCCUCACGAAGUCUGAAAAUAUCUUGUCGGCCCUGUUGCAUUACUACGUUGGAGACCUCCAGAACAGCAGCGUUAACUGCCCUCAACCCAACAGCUGUCCUCCUCUGGCCCCCAGAAAAUCGGACCUACAGAUCAAGCUUUUGCUGUUGAGUUCCCCGUCCUCAGCAAACCAAUCGCGGGCCCUGGGGCGUUACUUGGUCAACAUCUCCGCCGCUUUGCAGGGCGACCAUUUGUGGCAAUGCAAGAACGUCACUCAGGACUUGAGGCGGGCGAAGGAGCACAACCACCUCAUGAUCGGGGUCCAGAUGGCCUCCCUUGGCCAACCUCCAUGGAAGAGCCUGCAUCUCAGCUACGAGCCGUACAUCCUGGUCUACGCCAACGACUCCGCCAUUGCGGAGCCGGAGAGCGUGGUUUCUAGCCUGCAGGGCCAUUGGAGUCCACCGCCUGGGGCUUUCCCCAAAUUGGAUAGCCGGUCGAUCAACGACCUCGGUGGGCAGCGGCCCAAGCGCUCCACCAGUUUCCUUCUGCCCUUGCAGAACAACGAGCUGCCGGGAGCCGAGUAUCAGUACAGCGAGGACGAAGGAUGGGAGGAGAGGAAGCACUACAAAACCCUGCAGCCGCGGCUGGCCGAAAGGUCGAAGGGUAAGAAGAAGCCCAGAAAACACAGCCACCAGAAGAGCCAGACGCUCCAGUUUGACGAGCAGACCCUGAAAAAGGCGAGGCGGAAGCAGUGGAAUGAACCCAGGUCUUGCUCGAGACGCUAUCUCAAAGUAGAUUUUGCAGAUAUAGGCUGGAGCGAAUGGAUCAUUUCUCCUAAAGCUUUUGAUGCUUAUUAUUGCUCAGGUGAAUGCCAGUUCCCUAUUCCAAAGGCCCUGAAGCCCUCCAACCACGCAACCAUUCAGAGCAUCGUGAGAGCCGUAGGGGUUGUCGCUGGGAUCCCGGAGCCUUGCUGUGUCCCGGACAAAAUGUCCUCCCUCAGCAUUUUAUUCUUCGAUGAAAACAAAAACGUGGUACUCAAAGUGUAUCCAAACAUGACAGUGGAAUCCUGUGCCUGCAGAUAACGUUCCUGCUUCCUCCUUCCUCCUCCCGGCUUCGUUGCUUCAUACACCUCUCCUCUUUCCCUUUACCAAAGCAUAUCGUUGCCCAGUUUUACGAACGGAGAAGUAAAGAAGAGCUGAGAAGGAACAUGGAAUCAGUUUCCCCAAGAGUGAUUUUCCUACUGUGAGCCUGGGGAAGGACAUUUGGAAAGCUCACCACACAGGGGUAAAUAAUGGAGGAGGUCUCCGUGAUGGUGGUGGUGGUGGAAAGAUAGGAAAAUGAAAACUGGAGAGAAUUCCAUCAGGAGCAGAAGAUGAGCAGGAAAACACGAUCUGAUGCUGUGUUUGAAGAGCGUUCAACUCAAGCUGCUGGUUUCUCCAAUCCAUUCUUCCAGAAUGUAACGGUGAAGGAGAUUUAAUAUACAUAUUGUGCUUUUGAAGCUAAGCUUUCUACUAUAGGUGAUAAAAAAGACUCCAAUCAUACCAUAAGCUAGUAAGAUCCUACUUCCCAUAUUUCAAAGAUUCAAAUAGUCUCUUUUUUUUAAUCUAACCUGUUGGUUUUCCUGGCAUAACAUCAGUGGUGAAAUUCAU